CCGAAGAGGCUCGUCUGAAGAAACUCGAGACCGAAGAGGAUGAGGCUCGAAGGAGAGAAAACCUGGAGCUCUUCCAAUCUCUCCGGAAAGGUGGUUUCCCCGCCACGGAGAGGGCGGCUUCCCCUAGCCCUGGUGACAGCGGUGCAGCGACGCCUGCCUCCGACGCCUCGAUGGGUCCUCCCUCGAAGCCGUCCGGCGCGGCGAAGCGCGAAAAGCCUGCUGCUCUCAAGCUGGAGACGACCAAGCCGGUUGAGCCUCCACAGCCAAGCGCCGCUAUGAAAUCCCUCCAGAGCGCGCGAUUCAUCGACGACCUGUCCAAGGUCAAGUACCCUCCUUCCAUCGUUUCUCCCAACCCGGCUCUGAACGCGAAUGCUCCUCCCGACCGCAAAUUCCAUUACAACAAGGAGUUCUUGCUCCAAUUCCAGAACGUCUUCAAGGAGAAGCCGUCUCUGGAUUGGGAUACUCGUGUGCGCGAGACCGUGGGCGAGAGCGGCGAUUCCGCGCGCCCCCAGUCGGCCCGCACGCCCAUGCUCGGUUCGCGCAACACUUCCCGGCCGGGCAUUCCGCAGAACUUCCAGAUGGGCACAUUUGGUCAGGGAACCAACCGCCAGAGCCUGCCUCCUGGCACCACUUCCGAGCAGCGUUUUGCCAUGUCCAAUGUCGGCCGCCCCGGGUCCAUGGGAACCAACCCGUUUGGCCAGUUUGGCCGUCCUGGUGGCAUGAGCACCCCUUCGCUCAGCCGAACCGGCUCAUCAGCUGCCUUGCAUUCCAACGCGCCUCAGUCUCCCCGUCCUUCUGGCAGCCGCGCUGGCACCCGGCAGGGCAGCAAGCGUGCUGAUAAACAGGCUCAGAAGAAGGAAGAGGAGAGCAACAAGGCGAUGCCGCUCACUGCCAACAAGGACGUUAAGCCAUUGACAAUCUCUGCCACUGGCUGGAAGCCUCGCAGUGUCGGCCAAGCUGCCGCCGGUCCUACUCCGGGCGGUGAUCGUCUCACCCCAGAAAUGGUGCAGCGCAAAGUUAAGGCCAACCUCAACAAGAUGACGCCGGAUAACUUCGACCGUAUCACGCAACAGAUCCUCGACAUCGUUUCCCAAUCCAAGGAUGAGACCGACGGGCGGACCCUGCGGCAGGUCAUCCAGCUCACGUUCGAGAAAGCGACGGACGAAGCGCACUGGGCUCCCAUGUACGCCAAGUUCUGCAAGCGUAUGCUUGAGAGCAUAAGCCCUGAAAUCAGGGACGAGAGCAUUCGUGACAAGAACGGCAACGUGGUUGCGGGUGGCAGCCUGUUCCGCAAGUACCUGCUCAACCGUUGCCAGGAGGAGUUCGAACGCGGCUGGAAGGUGAACCUUCCUCCCAAGCCCGAGGGCGCGACGGAAGAAGCGGCCAUGAUGUCGGACGAGUAUUACGCCGCUGCCGCUGCCAAGCGUCGUGGUCUGGGUCUGGUCAAGUUCAUUGGUGAACUGUACAAGCUGGGCAUGCUGACGGAGCGUAUCAUGCACGAAUGUGUCAAGAAGCUGGUCGACUACGAGGGCGUUCCUGACGAAGCCGAGGUGGAGAGUCUGACGAGCCUGCUCCGCACUAUUGGUGCCAGCUUGGAUGCGUCGGAGAAGGGUCACGCGAUGAUGGACGCAUACUUUGUCCGCAUCAACAUGAUGAUUGAGACAGCGGGCUUGCCCAGCCGACUCAAGUUCAUGCUCAUGGUAUGUUAA